AUGGAUGAAGCGCCGUGUAAUUUUUCGAAUGCGGGUGAAGCGGCUCGUCAACCUGAUGCUCCAAAACUUUCAGGAGCUCCAAUAGAUUUAUUUACUUUUCGUGACGGUGAAGGAAGCGGUUAUUCGUGGAAAGAUAAAAAUUUUUUUCCUGUUAGUAUGGGAGCAUUGGGGAUAACAGUACCAAUCGUGUAUAAUUAUUUAUUAAGAAGACCAUUAUGGUCAGGUGUCCCUUUGUAUUUUUUGUCCAUUGGUGGUUUUUAUUUUUUUGCCAAACAAUGGAAUACUUACAGAUUAGGUGCCCUCAUGGAGAAAGAAGCAAUAUACAAACAUUACAUUUCUCUUCAUCCUGAAGAUUUUCCUCCUUUCGAAAAAACUCAAAUUAAGGAUUUAUUUGUACCAUGGACUCCUGUCAGAUAA